AUGCAGAUCUUCGUUAAAACCCUAACCGGCAAAACUAUAACCCUAGAGGUCGAGAGCAGCGACACCAUCGAUAAUGUCAAAGCCAAAAUCCAGGACAAAGAAGGUAUACCACCUGAUCAACAAAGGCUUAUCUUUGCUGGUAAGCAACUCGAAGAUGGACGAACCUUAGCGGAUUACAACAUCCAGAAAGAGUCUACUCUUCAUCUGGUCUUGAGGCUCAGAGGUGGAACCAUGAUAAAGGUGAAGACACUCACUGGGAAAGAAAUCGAGAUUGAUAUCGAACCAACCGACACUAUUGAUCGGAUUAAGGAACGAGUCGAAGAGAAAGAAGGCAUCCCUCCUGUACAGCAAAGGCUCAUCUAUGCCGGAAAACAGCUUGCGGAUGACAAAACGGCGAAAGAGUACAACAUAGAGGGUGGUUCCGUUCUUCAUUUGGUUCUUGCUCUUAGGGGAGGUCUUGCUGCUGCUUCUCUGAUGUGA